GAAUGCAAUAUUUAAACACAUCUACUCUGGAAAUGCAACCUAUGAACUGUAAGAGAAUGUGGAUUCGGAAAGAAAAUCUUGAUAUAUUGUUGGUCCCUGCUGGGUUGAUCAUAAUGUUCGGCUACCAUCUCUUCCUCCUCUAUAGAAUACUGACUGCUCCACACACCACAGUUAUUGGCUAUGAGAACCACAACAAGAUGGCUUGGGUUGAGAGAAUGAUGUUGGCAGAUCCAAAUAAUAUGGGAUUGGCUCUGCAAGUGAUCUCGAGCAACGAAUCAGCAGCAACCUUCUUAGCCUCCAUAUCCAUUACACUAAGCUCUCUUAUUGGAACAUGGUUCGGAAGCUCUUCCAACAACCUUCUCAUCAACAAACUAAUCUAUGGAGACACAAGCCCACCCACUACAUCUCUCAAGUACAUCACACUUCUUGCCUUCUUCCUUAUAGCCUUUGCAUCAUUCGUGCAGUCAGCAAGGUACUUUGUGCAUGCUAAUUUCCUGAUUAGCACACCAAAUACAGACAUGCCCGUGAAAUAUGUGCAGUUGGCAGUGAUAAGGGGAAGUAAUUUUUCAUUGCUUGGGCUUCGAGCACUUUACUUUGCCACUACUUUGUUGCUAUGGAUUUUUGGUCCAAUUCCAAUGGUUGUUUCAUCAGUGGCUAUGGUGAUUAUUCUCAACUUUCUUGACAAUAAUUCGAUACCACUGCAUCCAUAUCGGGUUCCAAUGGGUCAGAACCUUGUAAAAAGGAUAAGUGAAGAGGGGAUUGCUGCAGAUAGAGCAACAGUCCAUCAUGGAGGGUAAGAUUUUUUAAUGUUACAGCUUAAACUGUUACUUCCAAUC